GCGGCGGUGACCGUUGGUACCGUGAGGAACGACGCCAUCGCGCUUCGGCGGCCUCUUCGCGGCUGUUUCGCGCAGCCCGGCCCCGCUUUGCAGCCCUCUUACAGAGGCUGCCUGGAGUACAGCUCAUCUCCUGCUCCUGUACAAUGCAACCAGCUCUACGCCUGGAACUCCGAGGCACUACAGUAGACAAAGAGAACGCCUGUGGACAGGCCAUCUGAAGUAAUGGUGACUCAGGAGGUGCCACACAUACCUAGAUGUCUUGAAGAGGCAGACUCAUUAGAUGAAUUCAGUACAUCCUAUAAAGACGUACUUAAUACUAGUAACAUGAAAACGUCUGAAGUUUCUGCAGUCAUGGCUAAAGCUGACAUCAAACCAAAAUCUAUACAUCAUGCCAAAAAAUGGUCAGAUGAUGUUGAGAACUUAUACAGAUUUCAGCAAGCUGGAUACAGAGAUGAGAUUGAAUAUAAACAAGUAAAACAAGUUGAUAUGGUAGAGUGUUGGCCAGAAACUGGAUUUGUUAAGAAGCUUCAGAGAAGGGACAAUACAUUCUAUUAUUACGAUAAGCAAAGAGAAUGUGAAGACAAAGAAGUCCAUAAAGUGAAAGUUUAUGUGUAUUAGUUUUGUUAUUGUUCUAAUUUGUUUGUAUUUUUUUAUAAAUCUGUUAGAAUCUGUAAGUAAAUGAGAUUGUGUAAUCUGACUUACUGUAAGUAUCAAUGUCAUUCUUGGAUAGAAGGGGGAAUAUAGGAAAUGUAGAGAAGCCUGGAACUACAGACGUAGGAAUU